AUGCCCCCAACAACCGCGCCGCCCACCCCGUCAGGAUCCGCCUCCCUCGCGGCAGAUAGCCGAGGUGAAAAGUCCCUGCAGCCGACAGCAAAGGCCAAGCCUGUUCCUGCAUGCGACAGAUGCCGCUCGUUCAAGAAGAAAUGCAGCCGGACCUUUCCUGUGUGCUCCUUGUGUGCCAGUGCGGGCCAGGAGUGCUCGUUCUCGACGCCGGCAUCGUCAACGGCCGCCCAGACGCACCACUUGCGCGCACGGGUCGAAUGGCUAUCUAAUUACAUCAACCAGACCUUGCCCGAAGGUCUCAUCAACAUCGAGGCAAUAGAGACCGGCACAGACCUGACAGAGUUACUUCAGGACUCCUCCCCACUCACGCACGGGGACCAGAAUGCCACGUCGCCAGCAUCGGCGCUCUCAAGGGGCCAGGAUGCUCCAUCCCUCCUAAACAGCCAGUCAAUGGCCGACCACACCAGUGCUGAGGCCAAUGCCGACAACAGGUCUGUGUCGUCGCGGAGCCAUCAUUCCGCGCACGCUUCUGUCGUUGCGGCUGCCACCACCCCAACACCAGCAGAGCCGCCAGGCGAACGACCUGCGGAUAUACAGAGUGUAACGUUGGCCGCAGAUGUCAUAACGCCUGCGCGUUUACCGCCCGAUGCAGCAGCUCGACGGUUCGUUGAUGCCUACUUCCGGAACGUCAAUAGAGCCUAUCCGUUCGUUGACCGGAGCAAGGUCUUGGAUGACCUCGAGGUAUUCGGCGACUUUGCCAGACGUCGUCGGGAUGCAGACUCGACCUUGUUAUACCUGGUCAUGGCUAUUGGAUGCACAACACUGCAGCGGGCCGGCCAGAUCCCAAGCGGUACGACUUCCAAGUUCGAGGUUGGAUACUCCGACAUCAUCCAAGAAUGUCUAUGCAGGGAGAGCAUCGAAUCCAUCCAGAUCCUGGUGUUGCUGGCCUUGUAUUCGCUCUUUGACCCUGCCGGCGCAUCGGCCUGGUCGAUCGUUGGAAUCGUGUCUCGCCAAGCCAUGCUCUUGGGACUGUCGCGGCGGGCUUCUGAUGACAAGACACUGUCAGCAACGGAGGUCGAGUUGCGGCAUCGGUUGUUUUGGAGUAUAUACGUCUUGGAUAGGAUGAUGGCUACCUCUUUAGGGCUACCCGUGGCUCUUACCGAUGAGAACAUGGAUGUACCACUUCCAGGACUGACGAUUGAUGAGUUCGCAUCGCCAGACAGGGCUCAUUUUGCUAUGAUUUUGCAGACGAGUCGACACGUGAUACAGCUGAGACAGAUGGAAGGCCGGAUACUACAGCAGGUUCUGUUCAGGAAACAGUCGGACGUCAGCUCCAUCACUCACGCAGACCGGCGCCAGAUUGUGCAAGAUAUUCGAGGCGAGGUCGAGAACUGGUACAGCAAUGGGUGUCUCGUCUCACCCAUGGAACCAGACAACGUGCCUAUACAUAACUCGAUCACCUGGCUCAGCGCCAGAUAUUAUUACCUGCUACUCCUGCUCUAUUACCCUUCACAUUUCAACUCCUUCGGCCCCGUCAUUUCACGAGCCGAGCUCCUCCGCUUUGCCCAGAAGCACCUACAGUCUACGUCAGCUCUCUUCCAGCAACGUCAACUCCCUCUAAACCGCGUAACACUCUCUCGUCUGUUUCCAGUUGGGCUGGUGCUCAUGCAUGGCUUCAUCACCAGCGCGGCGGACUGCUCCCCGUUCCCAGCUCGCGAUGAGAUGGCGGUAUUAGUCAAUAUCCUCGAAGCAUUCUCGGAAGGCUGGCGUCAUGCCCACGAGGCAGCGCAGAUAUUCCGCCAGUUCCUAGCCGCCAUCGGAGCUGUCUCGAACUACGGCCCGCUGCAUUUCUCGCAGUCUUCAUCCUAUGGCCAGAUGGGAUCAUCCAAGGAUACGUACCAGACCGUCCUUCGUCCACACAUGACCAGUCUUCUCAGUCUGAUGCAGGAUGUGCUGGGCAAGGCAAGCUGUUACAGGUUUCUGGAGAUAGCAGAUGAGCGAGAUCUAGCAGGCUACGGGUUGCAGUCCUCCAUGAGCCAACAACCAUUAUCCAGCCCCCUUGGGCCUAGCAGGAGCUCUAUGCCGAACCCUGCUGGCGUUGCUGGCAACGAAGAUACUGUGAUGAGCUAUGGCUGGGGUCCUUUAGAGUUAGACUUCCUAUGA